AACAACCACCACCACCAACCACCACCGCCUCCUCCUCCUGCUGCUGCGAUCGUCGCUCUCCAUGUCGCGGGAAAGGCGACACCGAUGAUGGCCGCCCUCACCACCGCCGUUGCAACCACCGCCGCCAGUCCUACGCAAAGCUGAAUGAACCUGCGCCCUCCGCUACCUACCUACUACAUACCUACCUCUUUUCUUCCCGCGUUACGAGACCGGGCCGCCAGCAAGCAUGAUGAUGAGCAGUCCAGGCCAAGAUCGCUACGUGCACGUGCUGUACAAGGCGGGCGAUGGCAGUGGUGGUGCGACUACAGCGGCGCACAUGCACAUGCAUGGUCUGGGCGGUGCGGAUGCCUGUGCAGGACCUGGGAUGCAGGUUCCGGGUGGGGAGCGCAUGCACAUGUCGCUCACCCCUCGUCACAGGUUCGGCCGGAUUGGUGGUGGCGGACCCUUUGCAUUUGAUGGCACCGAGGAGGAUGACCAUAAUCCGACAGAGGACCUAACAGAGGGAUGCCUCAUUCUACAGCACGAGCUCAUGGUUCCAGAUGACAUGGCACAGCACUCCAUAGGUGACUUGAACAUGUACAGCGACACAAGGGUGAAGGAGGAGAGGAAAAGGCAGGUUCCCAAGAAGAAGGCCAAACGGAAGCCACGAGCGCCGAAGGGUUUGGCCGGAGAAGGAGGGGAGGAUGAGAUUGGAGUCCCAAAGGGCACCAAGAAGUUUGUGUGUGAGCGCUGUUGUGCCGCCUUUCGCACCAACUACCACCUGCAGCGUCAUGUUCUCAUUCACACGGGUGAAAAAGCGUACCAGUGCAGCCAGUGCACCAUGCGCUUCAUUCAAAAGUACCUUCUGCAGAGACACGAGAAGAUUCACAGUGGAGAGAAGCCGUUCACGUGCGAGCAGUGCGGGAUGCGCUUCAUCCAGAAGUACCACCUGGAGAGGCACAAGCGGACGCACAGCGGAGAGAAGCCCUACGAGUGCGACUACUGCCACCAGUAUUACUCUCGCACAGACCAGCUCGCCAAGCACAAGCGCAUGUGCCACGAGGGGCCACUCGCUGGCAAGCAUGACAUGAAUGCGGGAGACUUCACUGCCGGCAUCAACGGCGGCAUGGACGCAUUGCAGGGGACCACCCAGGGCCCCCGGCGCUGGAAGAAGAGGGCGUCGGGCACCGUCGCGGCGGAUGGUUCCGCCGGGCCACCGGCUUCGGGCCGUGGCAGCAAGAAGAAGAAGAACACCGCGGGUCUUCCCGGCGGUAGGUACACGGGCGAGAAGCGGCUCGUGAACGUGGAGUGCAUCAUCGAGAUGGGCGGACAGCUGGAGGAUGGCUCGCUGAACCUCGUCGACAUUAGCGAGGAUGCGCUGACGCCAAAGCUGGCGCCGAAGAAGGCGAAUCGCGGGCGCCGGCGCCGGGCCUCUCCUGAGCUCAGCCGCACCGUGCCCAUUGACGCGCUCGCGGUGAUGCACCACGAGCAGCACAAGGGCGCGCUGCACGACGAGGAUAAGCUGCUCGGAGACCCCGGUGCCAUUGUCGCCACCGAUGCCGAUGGUGACAAGUCGUCGUCCGAGCCGGCGAACAAGCUGCAAGCACAUGCUCAGCAACAGCAGCAGCACGAGACGAGCGGAAACACCUAUGGCGACGCGAUGCAAUUCCUCAAGAAGCGGCGUUACCUGCAGGCGGCGAGCAACGGAAACUGCGGUGGCGGCGCGAGCGGAGUGAGCGUCGUUAGCAUCAGCACUUCCCCGCGCGUCGCCCCCGAGCCCAUCAUGGUGGUGUCGAACCAGUCCAUGAUGGACGACGGCCACUUGCAGGUGGCCUCGAUGGAGGUACCCAGCCUGAUCUUGGACAUCAAGGCGGACCCGGACAAGGUCGGCUCGGGUAUCCCAGACGAGGUGCUGCAGACAAUCCUCGACCACUACUCGGCCAAGGAUGACUUCGGCAUGGGCGACGGUCUCCACGAGUCGGCGCACCGCGACGCGGCCGACGUCACGUCGCAGUCGGCGUCACCGGACAAGGCCGCGAUGCUGCAGGAGUAUUACAAGUACCUGCAGCAGGCUCUGGACCGCAGCAGUAAGAGCGACCAUCAGGCGGCAACGACGGCCACCGCGUUGAGUUCCGGCGUCGGGGUUGGGGUCGGCGUGGGCAUCCCGUUUGGGCAGCUCGUGUCGACGGGGCGGCACGCACACGGGGACGUGAGUGCCACCCCGGUGUACUUCAGUGCGCCGCAUGAGCCCUUCAUGUCGCACCACGUCCAUCAUCACCACCACCACCACAACUUUGGCUCCACGCUAUCGGGCGAACCGUCCUAUCACACGGUGCCCGCCGCCAAGCUGCAGCCGUACGGCAUGGGCGUAGGGCAGGGGUUCACGUUCGCCGAGUCGGCGCGCGACCUCACCACCCUCGCGCACGAGUUCCUUGAGCCGAGUGGCGAUAAGAAGGGAGACGAGACCUCUGGGUACGGGCUGGAAGACCUGGAGCACGUGCUGCCAUCGCCGUUCUCAGCAGUGCAGUCGAGCAAACAGACGUUUGGUCGCAAAACCAAACCUGCGAGCCCCACCAUCCCGUUCUAGCGCAAGCCGCUUCAACCUGCUGGUUCCUUGCGACCUCGCCACAUGGCACGAGACAUGCCCAAUCUGGUCGUGCGUUCAGAAUUUGAAGUCGACACUUUGAUGCCUUAACACUCAAAGCAGUUUUUAUUACUUUAGCCGGUCUAUUUUGCUGGUUCACACUACACCUGUGGGUUUACCGUAUGCCACUGAUGGGGAGCUCACAGAUGUGCAUUUUCUUGCCUUAUUAACUGGGGGGGGGGGAUUACGUUUCUCCUGUUUGGAGUAUAAGCAGCCUGUAUUGCAUCGGCAAGAGCGUCUUAGUUUUUGUACCCGAUGGCUUUUGUAACUCAUUUGAAGACACUGUAAAUCGACAUGAAUGAUAUUUAAAACAUUCGGAACUGCAAAAAUCGCCGUGCUGCAACGUAUUGGAGAAGACUCAAGAUAGCAAUAUGGACAUGUUUUUUUGUUAUCAUCACUUUAUCAUGUUUUAAUACAACUUUGGUCUCCGAUUGCCACCUGUUCUCAGUGUUAGGCCCAAGAUUUUUUUUUAUUUCCUGUGCGCGCUAAUGUCCUGGGUUUGUAUCUGCUGCAGCAGAGACUCAUUUACAUGCUGCUCGUGUAUAAAUCAACGCAGCGGUCCAGAUCACGCAGCCACCUGCUAUUUCCUCAUCAAUGUGUCAUCAAAUUAUAAACUAAUCAGCCUGCUGUAAAGUGCAUUUCAUAGACCCAGUGGCAACCCUGAGGGUAGCCGAUUUUAUACCAGUUAUAUAUAGCCUAUAUCCCAAAUGUGAAAGUUUAUCCACAAUAGGUGAAAUUAAUAGUAGCCUCCCCUUGUAUUAUCACCUCUGCCUUUAGCAAAAAAUAGUUGCUUAAUUCAGUCUCAGCUUGCUACAUUAACGAUAAUUGGAUUAAUGCUUACUUAUGAGGUACAUGUUUAUAUGGUCUGGCAGCAUGCGCAGGGAGAAACAGAAAGUGGUCACGUGUUAGGGGCUUUAAGUGGCACAAAGGUGACAACUUUAGAGUGACGAGUAGACUGGUCGAACAUGAUUAAACAAGGGUUGCUCACUUGCACAAAUCCAUCAUUGUGGCGUGGGAAGUUGUUAACCUUUCUAUAUUGGUAGCUAUCGACCACUACCAAUGGGUGAAAACAAUUUUUGUACAAUAUAAAAAAUAUCAUGCAUCUUUCUUCGUACAUUUUAACCGUCGUGGCACCCUACAGGAAAUUCUACAUGGUUUGAAUUUCAUUAAGUAUUCCCGUUGAGUUAUAUAAAUAAUCUACUUCAAUAUUCGUGUUUUAUGCGCAUAUACUUUUGUUAAUAAUUUUACUACGUAGCAGUGGAGCAGAGGAUGAGUCGAUGACACAGGGGGUGAAACUGGCGAUGGGCGCCUUCUUGCCCUCUCUUUCCAAGCCCCCUCUGGGCAGCGCAACCCAUCACGCGCGAGUCACUGGAACCGAUCUCGAAGCCUGGCAGUUGCUGCGUGUGGGUGGCACCAGCGGCACCGACGACCGAAUACUGGACGUGUAGACCGACCCGCGUCUCGCCGCACCACCGUUGCCCAAGACCUAAAUCUUGGGCCCUGUCGGGUUCAGGAGCGCUGGGAUUCUGCACAGCUUUCCAGACGAUCAUUCUGAAUAUUCAGGGAACAUGACGACGCCACAGGGGAGACGGGGUUGGUGAAAGAAUGCUUUUUUUUCUUUCCCCCCCUCUCCCUGCGGAGAGAAACCGUUUCGGAGUCGCCUCAUCUGUCUGCUGUUCCCUCCCCCCAGUUACACAGUGCCUCUCUCGUCCUUUUGCAACUCGUAUGCAUAGCAUUGGCUGGCAAAACUGGCCCAUUCAGUGUUCCACAAAUGAAGUUCUUAGCCGUCUGGAGUAAUGCAUUCUGUUCAAAAGUCAGAGUACUGUGAUUAUAAAACUGUCCUGGUUGGUGAACUUCCACAAGACAAACUUGCAGUGCCUUUGCGUUUCUGUUUGAGAAACUCGGCUGAAUGUUUAACGCUAUACGUAAUCUUUUUUUUAUUUCUGUACUAUUUUGCCCAUUAAUAUUUUAUAGUAAUCUGCAACAGCUUUUGCAGAACUGUAUCUGCGUGAGGAGACAUUUUCAGAGUCUGUGAAAACGUCCCACAGAAGCUGUAUUCGAGGAGUUGAGCGGGUGUGAGAUGAGCGCCACGUGCGGCUUGCACAUUCAAAAGCCAAGCUGUGUUUCAUGCGGCCAUCUACCACAAGCGGCAGAUGAAUUGAAAUGCUGCCCAGUGAGUGAAGCAAGCCACAAAUUCAUCGGUGUGGAGCCUUAAGUCGGGUCGCUGGCGUCAGUUUUCCCGUCGACAUUGAACUAAACCGGCAGUUGCAAGGGACAAAUUGUGUAACGUGAAGUAUUUUUCAGCGUGCGUCCGGUCAGCAGAAUUCAGGUUCCGGGGCGAAUGUUUUUCUUAAACAAGGUAGUCGCAGACAGGAAGUCGGAUCAGCUGUGUAGUCAUGUGCUCAAUGUCUAUGCAGUUCAUUCAGUUGACCGUUGGCUGGUAGACUGUUAAAUUGCAGUGUUUGAAUGUUGUUCCUAUGCAAGCUUAUUAUUUCGUUCUUAUCUCAUGGUACCUGAUGACAGAUGUAAUGUAUUACAUUGUUAAAUGUGGAGUCACUACACGCAGUUACACUAUUGCUAGUGGGUCCGCGCUGUGUUUCGGUGAAGAUAGCUCGCGUGAGGAGAAACAGAUAAGUUAUGGGCAGGUUUACUCGACGACGACAGCCGGUGUUCGUCUUCACGGAGAGUUCGUGUGUGCGUUUUCGUUUUUAUUUUAGUUUUUAUAUACAACAAAGUGGGGAUGGGUAGCAAUGGCUCGCACACCUCCCUUCCAGUUCCUCAUCCACAGCUCUGCUUGGCGCGUCAGAACAUUUACCAGACAGUGGGUGCAAUGCACAUUUAUCGAAUUUGCCGAAUCAGUUGACAGGUUGAGAUCACAUUUAUGUUUCUGUUUAUUCGUGGCAGGGAAACAAAAAAAUCACUGAAGCAGCAUGAUAACAGCCUCUGCCGUUUUCACUAAUAAUGUGUGGAAAUCGUUUUUUCCCUCGCCAUUCAAAAUAUGAAUGAGUCCUGAAUUUUGCAGGUAAAUGGAUGGAAUUGGCAGAUGCGCAAAGUUGAAAGGGUGCGUGUAUCAUCGGCAAGGGAGGAAGCAGCUACGGCUCCAAGCUAUUUCAUUUAACUGCGGCUGUUAAGGCUCAACCCCGGGUGUAAAAAUAGCCCAUGAGCAAUGCGGUUAUGUGGCAUUCGCGUGUUGUGCGUAAAAUGCUCCGCCUCUGAAACAUCACCGUGGAGGGGAGUGGCCGAUUUGGGUCGAUCGUCUGGUUUUAUAAGUGACGAAGCCACGGUUUAAGUUGAAGCAAAGAAAAAAAAAUCGUUAUUUUGUGAUUUUUUUUCAAGUUACUCGGUAAAUUUUUCCUCAUUCAGCCAGUGUUUCAUGUUCGUUGCUGCUAAUUAAUUUAAUAAGCUCGCUGAGCGAUUCGUUUUGUUUUGUUAGCGUGAGAAAUCGGGUCUUCCAUUUAGAGUAAAAAAAAAAAAUCGUGCCGCAUUCUGUAGAUUUGAUCAUGUCCAUUUUGUCACAUUUACCACCGCGUGCUGUCAUUUUGCAAGCAUGAACAAAAGCAAAUGUAAUCGAAAAAAUUGCGGGUGCGUUUUGUCAUGCGCGUUCUUCAUAGACUCAUCACCAUAUCCACAUUCCACCAUUUUUGCACAGUCAUUUUUACUUUUUUGGCGAGGGGAUGGGAGGGGGGGACUUGUGUAAAUGUAUACCUUGUUGAUGCUGAUGAGAAUGAUCAUUGAGGUAAGAAAAAUAAUCUCGGAAGAGUGGAGCCCAAUGAACAGAACUGUGGAUUCCAAGUCUUCCUCCGUGACCUUCCGUAUGCCCAUCAAAUACUGUACAUAGCAACACUGAACUCUAUAUGAAGCUAUUUUAUAUGUUUGCAAUUUGUAUACAAUGUUUUGAAGUAGAUUUGUUUGACCUAAUUCAGUCGGAACCUAAGUAUUGUAAAAUUAAUCGUGUUAUUUACUUUAUUUUUACGUUUUAUCUUCUCGUUAGUUUACCGUAGCGUUGUGUUUGUAAGUCAUGCAUUGCAGUACAAAAUACGUCUCUUGCUUUAAGGCUCAUUGUUCAGCAGACCAAAGUUAUACGGAGAUGUGAAUAGACGUGGAUGCAUUACUGAAACGGUAUGUGUACAUUUAGUGAAUUAAAAUCGAAAACUUCAAGUG